GAGGCGCCGCCGCCGACGACGCCGAGGCGGAAGUGCCGAAGCCCGACGUCGAGGGCCCGCCCCCCCAGGCCCCGGCAGAGGUGGAGGCCCCUGCGCCGCUGGAGGGCCCCGCCGCCGGCGCCGAGGAGGGCGCUGAGGGCGAGGGGAUCGCUGAGGGGCCGCUCCUGCGCGCAGCCGACGAGGGCGGCGAGGCGCUGCUCGCGGAGGAGGCCGACCGGGCGUCGCCCGAGAGUGAGAGCUCGAGCGGCUCGGAGGAGGUGGGCGUCCCGGCGGCAGCCGCCGCCCCCGCGGCCGCCGCCGGCCCCGAAGAGGAGCCGUUGGAGGAGGCCGUUGGACUCGGGCGGGAGGCAGAGGCAGCCAGCGACGGAACCGCCGCGGAGGCCGCCGAGGAGGCCGCCGAAGCGGGGACCGACGAGGAGGCCGCCGAGGAGGCUGCCGAGGGCGACGGGGAGGCCGCCCCCGAGGCGGCGGAGGGGCUCGGCGAUGGUGCUGGCGGCGAGGGGGAGGCCAGCCGCGCCGCGGCGGCGGACUCAGGCACGCCCGCCGUGCCGCCGGGCGACGCGGCGGCUGCCGCCCCUGGCGCGCGGUCGGACGCCGCAGCAGCAGAGGCAAAGCGCGAGCCCAUCGACCUGGAGGAGGAGCACACGGCGGAGAGGCUCAAGGACGAGAUCCGGUGGCACCGUCGGCAGAUCGAGGAGCUGAAAAGCGCUCUCGUGCAGGCAUUGGCCGCGACGUGA